AAUCAUAUGAUACGCCAUUUUCUUGUGAAAUUUUCAGCUCAUCAGUAGGUUCGUCAUAUAAUACGGUGUUUUAGCUACAGAACAACUGGUCUAGAGCUACACCAAUCAUUAUGCCAAAUCUUUACAUUGCGACGGUGCUUUUAGCUGUUUUAGUGGCUGUUCCUGUUCAAAGUAGCUCUGAUGGAGGAGCAUUGGAUUUAGGUGUUGAAGUUUAUGUUACCAGCAUCAACCCUGCCAGGGGACACAGAAACAUUUUAGCAGGAGAAACCAUUGAGCUAGAUUGUCAGAUCAAUGUAGCUAAUGAGCGGUCCCUGCACUGGACUCUGAAUGGGGAGCGUCUAGAUGCAGGAGCUGUAGGCACAUUGAAGAUAGAGCAGAUCUCUGGCAGCUCUCAAAACACACGUACUACACUUAAGUGGGAAAAUGUGACAUUAGCACAGUCUGGGACCUUUUUGUGCCAAGACCAAAACCAAAACCAGGGGCGGAAGGAUGUGAAUGUAGUACAGAUUACUCCAAGAGAGGGUGAGUUAAACUCCAGCCUGACCACCCCUCAGGACAUCACCCUGAGAUGUGAAGUAGAAGGGUUAGGAGCUGGCCAGUACCAGCAGCUGGAGUGGUACUUCGAUGACAAGAGAAUAGAUCUGCAGAGGGUGAAUGCAGAUGGACCCAAAUAUAACAUCAGUCACAUCAAUGAUUCUCUUGUGAUUUUUGGAGCCACCAAGGAAGAUGUAGGCACUUAUGAAUGCCUGGUGAAGACGCUUGGCAGUAAACAAGAGAAUCUAACCCAAAAAGUCCAGUUGCUAAUGGAUCCCAUGAUUACGGACUUCAGCAGAUCCAAGAACAUAGUUCAGGGUGAAUCUGUGAUUGUGAACUGUGAGAUCUAUGGGAACCCUGUGGACACUGUGGUCUGGUACAAGGAUGAUGAACCUCUGGUGGCUGAUGGGGAUCGUAUCAAACUGAUGCCACACAAAAACUUUGAGAAUGCUUCUCUGCAGAUGAAUAAGCUGGACUUCCCAGAUAGAGGAGUAUACAAGUGCUUUGCAUCCAACAAGGGAGGAGAGAGUGCUUCCAAGGCAAUUCUUAUUCGAGUUAAAGACCGCUAUGCUGCUUUGUGGCCAUUCCUGGGUAUUUGUGCUGAAGUAGCCAUUCUGUGUACUAUUAUCUUCAUCUAUGAGAAGAGGAGAGCAAAGAAGCAGGAAGAGGAGGAUCAGCAACCAGCAAAAGAACCGCUCACCAAUGAUCAUAAGGACACAGAUGUGAGACAACGCAACGUUAGGACUUAAAACUACCAUGAAGACAUGCAGUCAAGUCAUCUCUAAAACCACAGCUGAUGGUGUCAUUUACUCUUAUGGUUUACACCAUGUAAAGAAGGAUGUAUUGGUGGGGGUGAAGUGUCUGCAGCCACAAAGCACUAUACUCUUUUUUCCCUUAUAUUUGUCAUACUUUAAAUUGUCUUUUGAACACACUGAAGAAAAAGGAACAAAUAUGCAAGCCCAGGUCCCAGCAUGGCAUGUUGCAGUCUGUGGGACAGUUCCCAAUAUUGAAACAUUCUUUGAAGUUUUGAGUAAGGCUUGGUAAUUCAAAUAGGAUUAACUACAUUGUCUUUGUUACAUUGCAUGUGUACUGCUUAGUUAUAUUAAAUGAUUUUUUUAAUGUUUAAAGUGGAUUGUAUGUAUGUUUUGUGCUUGGCAAGGUAUGUAUCAGGAUGUACAGUGUUAACAUCAUAGUGCAUAGUCUUGAAAUCCAACAUAUCCAGCUACUUUAAAUUGUGUUGUGUUGUUGACUUUUUAGUCGUCUGCAUUGUGCAUUUAUUUGUAAAUAUACUGUGUCAUUUCCUUAAAUGUGAAUGAUUAGUGCCUAGUAGUUCCUGUUUGAUAUUAUAUCACCAUGAAUCACAGAAAAUGGAAAGUUUAGAUCACAAACUGAUAUUGUGAUUCUGUCUGCAACUUGUAUAUUUGUAAACAUAAAAUUUAUAUGCAGUAAGCUUGAGUUUCAUCAGGCAAUAGUUACUUGAAGACUCAAAAAUAGACUUGCGCAUUUGAAGCACGUUUUUAUGCACUAUUAAUUGGAUAUUUCAACAUCUUAAGAUAAUCAGAAGUAGGUGAAAUAUAGUUUUUUUAAAGUGUUUUUUAUUCUUUCAUUGUUAGGAUUGUUUUUGUUUUUAUCACUUCUUUGUACAUAAAAAUCUGAAUGUCCAUUGUCUUGCAGUUAUAUCAAAUACGAAGCCUAGCAAAGAAAGUAAUUUUUGUUGAUCAUCUGAAGUUACCAGUAUAAUUAGUAGUAUGGUGCUUGUGAUACAAUGUGUAAAAAGUUUGCAGAUGAAAUGAAAAAAAUGUCGAGUUUGAGUAAAAUUUGAAAUUUAGAAGUUAUAUGAACUUUGAAAUGUGUUUUAAUUUUUUUAUGGCAAGAGAGACCGCUACUUAUGGUGAAAAAGAAGGAAGUGGUAUGUUGUUACAUUUUAGAAUAUAAAACUUGAAAACUGCUUAAUCGCUCUUGGGAAUGCUACCUCACGUUUGGCUUUUUAUGACUCGAGAAAUAUUGACAACCUAAAAAAAAUAAUGCAUUUCUAGAACAUUGUAAAAAAUACUUGAAAAUAUUAGGAUUGAAUAUGCCUAUUAAUCCUUUAUGUAUAUUUUACGGUGUUAAAAUGAUGGUAGCUUCUCAAGCCAUCUAGCAUUAUCAUCUAUUUUCAAACUUAAUAUCUGUUUAGUAUAAACAUUAGCACUGUAGGGAUUAAUUAUUAUGUAUGCCUGAAUAUAUGCAAUUAUAUGUUGAGUACCAACCUAUAUUAGCUUUAACCAUCCUGUUAUUUCUAACUGGGUAACAAGUAUACGCUGUAUUUUAAUUUUGGGCAAAGUGAAUUAUUUGAUUUUAAGCUUACCAUGUGCACACAGUGUGAUCUCUUAGACUAAUUUAUAUAUAUAGUAUGUAUAUAUAUAUACCAAGGAUGUUUUCAAAUUUGUAUAAUUUUUUGUGCAAUAUAAUAAAUGUUAAUUGAUACAUCCCUCAGA